AUGUCAUUCUCGAGAUCUCGCUACGCUGUGACAUCACGACACUGUUACCACGCCUUUCCUAUUAGAAUAUUACAUACUGAUGCACUUUCGCAUCUACACAAGAGACUUUCGCAUCUAUCUAUCUAUCUAUCUAUCUACGUUUGCGUAUACAUAUCUGUCAACAUCACUAUGUUAAUAUCUAUCUAUCUAUCUAUCUAUCUAUCUAUCUAUCUAUCUCAUUCUGUUGAUAUCUAUCUAUCUAUCUAUAUUCAUAGAUAUGAUAUCUAUCUAUCAAUCUAUCUAUGUUUGCUUAUACAUAUCUGUCAAUAUCACUAUGUUAAUAUCUAUCUAUCUAUCUAUCUAUCUAUCUAUCUAUCUCAGUCUGUUGAUAUCUAUCUAUCUAUCUAUCUAUCUAUCUAUGUUUGCUUAUACAUAUCUGUCAAUAUGACUAUGUUAAUAUCUAUCUAUCUAUCUAUCUAUCUAUCUAUCUAUCUAUGUUUGCUUAUACAUAUCUGUCAAUAUCACUAUGUUAAUAUCUAUCUAUCUAUCUAUCUAUCUAUCUAUCUAUCUAUGUUCAUGGAUGUGAUAUCUAUCUAUCUAUCUAUCUAUCUAUCUAUCUAUCUAUCUAUGUUCAUGGAUAUGAUAUCUAUCUAUCUAUCUAUCUAUCUAUCUAUCUAUCUAUCUAUCUAUCUAUCUAUCUAUCUCCCGUUUAAAGCCUUGUUUUUCUCCCUCUCUCCCCCUCUCUCUUCCUCUCUCUUUCUCUCUCCCUCUCUCUCUCCCUCCCUCUUUCUCUCUUUAUAA